GAAAAGCCUAGUAAGAAUAUAAGGGCCUGAGUUCAAGCCCCAGUACUGGCAAAAAAAAAAAAAAAAAAAUCCUGUUGCACCUUUGAUAUUUUGAGCCAUUAAUGCACUUUUAAAUUGGUUUCAGUUUCUGCAGUUUUUCUCAGAGAAAUUUGAAUUCUGUAUUGGUAAUCAACAAGUAAGGAACAUUUCUGCAAGGUUUAUCUCAGUAUACUCCUAUUUUUGUAUGUCAUUUUUGUGUUUGUCUAUUAAUAGUCUUGUGUUUAUAAUUGAUUUAGUGAAGGCUACAAUUUUUGACACUGUGGUAACAGUCCUAUUAGAUAUUUAGACUUGCUUGGUUCAGCCAUCAAGAUAACCCUCUAACAUAAUGAGUCCUAAACAGCAUUGGAAAAAAAUCUGCUACUGGAUUCCAAUUUACCUAUUUUGCACUUAAAUUGAUAUUAAUAAGGCAGCGGAAAGAAGAAAUAUGAAUACGGCUCCAUCAAGACCCAGCCCCACACGAAGAGAUCCAUAUGGCUUUGGAGACAGUCGAGAUUCAAGACGUGAUCGAUCUCCAAUUCGUGGAAGUCCAAGGAGAGAGCCCAGGGAUGGCAGGGAUGCCCGGGAUAGAGACGUUCGAGACUUACGGGACCACAGAGACAGCAGAGACAUUCGGGAUCACAGAGAUAGCAGAAGUAUGCGUGAUGCUCGGGACAUGAAGGAUCUCAGAGGCUUUCGUGAUCUAAGAGACUCUAGAGAUUUUCGAGAUCACCGGGACCCCAUGUAUGACAGAUACAGAGACAUAAGGGAUUCCCGAGAUCCCAUGUAUAGGAGAGAGGGCUCUUAUGACCGAUACCUGCGGAUGGAUGACCAUUGCAGGAGAAAGGAUGACGCAUACUAUGACCGGUACAGAGACAGCUUUGAUGGACGAGGCCCCCCUGGCCCAGAAAGUCAGUCUCGUGCAAAAGAGCGUUUGAAACGCGAGGAACGGCGUAGAGAAGAGCUUUAUCGUCAAUAUUUUGAGGAAAUUCAGAGGCGCUUUGAUGCUGAGAGACCUGUGGAUUGUUCUGUGAUUGUGGUCAACAAGCAGACUAAAGAUUAUGCUGAGUCUGUCGGGAGGAAGGUACGAGACCUAGGCAUGGUUGUGGACUUGAUCUUCCUAAACACAGAAGUGUCACUGUCACAAGCCUUGGAGGAUGUUAGCAGGGGAGGGUCUCCCUUUGCUAUUGUCAUCACCCAGCAACACCAGAUUCACCGUUCUUGUACAGUCAACAUCAUGUUUGGAACUCCACAAGAGCAUCGCAACAUGCCCCUGGCAGAUGCCAUGGUGCUAGUGGCCAGGAAUUAUGAGCGCUACAAGAAUGAGUGCCGGGAGAAGGAACGGGAAGAGAUUGCCAGACAGGCAGCCAAGAUGGCUGAUGAGGCCAUCCUACAGGAAAGAGAUCGAGGAGGCCCUGAGGAGGGCGUGCGUGGGGGGCACCCUCCAGCCAUCCAGAGCCUCAUCAAUCUGCUGGCAGAUAACAGGUACCUCACUGCCGAAGAGACAGACAAGAUCAUCAACUACCUGCGAGAGAGAAAGGAGCGGCUUAUGAGGAGCAGCACCGACUCUCUGCCUGGCCCGAUUUCCCGCCAAUCACUCGGGGCGACCUCGGGUGCCUCACUGAAGACACAACCAAGCUCCCAACCGCUCCAGAGCGGCCAAGUGCUCCCCUCUGCUACACCCACUCCAGCUGCACCCCCCACCUCCCAGCAAGAGCUUCAGGCCAAAAUCCUCAGCCUCUUCAAUAGUGGCACCGUUGUGGCCAGCAGCAGCUCUACAUCCCCCUCAGUUGUUGCUGGAAACACCCAGAACCAGAAUUUUUCCACAGCAGCAAACAGCCAGCCUCAGACAAGAUCACAGCCCUCUGGCAGUCAGCCUCCACACAUUUUGGGACAGACAGGAUCUGCUCGGAACAUGGGCCCCCGGCCUGGGGCUCCUUCUCAAGGGCUCUUUGGCCAGCCUUCUAGUCGCCUGCCACCUGCCAGCAACAUGGCUAGCCAGAGGCCCGUGUCCUCCACAGGUAUUAACUUUGACAAUCCAAGUGUACAGAAGGCUCUAGACACUCUGAUCCAGAGUGGCCCUGCUCUCUCCCACCUGGUUAGCCAAACUGCAGCACAGGUGGGGAGGCCCCAGGCCCCCAUGGGAUCUUAUCAGAGGCAUUACUGAGGCCCCUCGUGGGGGCUGUGCUCCAGGAUUCAGCUCCACUACUUCAGUCCCUUGGCCGCCACCCACUUUGUUCUAAGUAGAGUUGUUUGGAGGAUGUUCUCUGAGCUCACCAGGUCUACAUCAAAUGUCAAGUUGCUACCACCUGCUCCCUCUCCUGUCCAAGGUUGCAUUGCUUAUUACUUACAGAAUCCAAAUUUAUACUGCAAUCGGGGGUAUAUUGUUUUUGGUUAUCUGUGGGGUUGCUUGGGCAGUACAGGUGUGUGCACUCAGUUUCUGUGAGUUUCUCCAGUCCCUGUCUGCUGGCUUUGGGAGAGGAAAGGAAGAAUCAAGUCCCAGCAGGCUAUGUUUGGAAUGCUAUGUUGGUCACCACCCUCUUUGUUCACUUGGAACCUGCCAAGGCUUUCUCUCCUCGCACACCCAACAGAGCUAUGAUACCCACAUUGGCAAAAGAGUGGUGGUCUCGGCAAGCAAGAUGGCGCUGCUCCCCAGGACUCAGACCCACUGCCUGGAGGCUGCAGAGGAGCUCGUCUGUCCAUGUCAGGGUGGUGAUUGCUUCAAAGUUGUUUGGAGUCUUUGUUUUAUUCUUUAUGUUUUUGUUUUUUCAUUUCUUUGGAGAAUCUCCAGAGGACUGAACAGCUCCAUUCACCAGCAGUUGGAUAGGAGCUGUGCGUCUGGGCCCACCCCCUCCUCCGUAGCCUUCUGUUGGCCCCCGGAGGAGCUGGGCUGAGAAGAAGGCUCUAGGCUUCUGACAAUGAACAUCCAACAUUUCAGUGAUUUGAGCUUUUGGCUCAGAACCUCAGGCUUGGGGUUCUUUUUCUUACAUGUAUUUUGAGCAGGGUAGGGACCAUUUUGAUGUCAGACUUUGGGUACUUGGACAUGUUUGUGAUGAAGAUGGUGUCCAUAACUUUUGAGCCAGAAUGAGAUUGUUAAAGAGGAUGGCUAGUUGCUGCUCUGAAUGGAGCCAAAGGAAGCUGCCUGCCCCCGGGACUGCUGUGCGCACUGGAGCCCUGUGGAUCCGGCCUUGGAGGCCGUGGCGGGGCGAGGGGAGCUGUGGCCACGCCGAGUCCCUAACCAGUGGCUGGGCAAACAACGGUUUCUAAAUUCAAGACCCCCCAAUGCAGCAGUUCAUGUUCUGACCUGUUUGUGUUAUAUAGUGGGUUACUCCACCCCCUUUGGAGCCCUUGUGUUAUUUUAAAAGAAAGAAAUGAAAUGAUCACUUUUUAAUUAAAAUGAAAAUGUCA